CCCGCCUCCCCGCGCCACCGCCGCGUCGUAAUGGCCGACGAGCACUUCUUCCCCGGCCCCGGCGACUUCCCCGCCGACCUCGGCGCCGCGCCCUUCUACGGCUCUGCUUCCUACACGCCGCCGGGGCUCGACGCCGCCGCCGCCGCGAUGCAGGGGUUCGGGCUGGCGUGGGCCGACCUGCAGCUGCCCGACUCCUCGGGCGCCGCCGCGCACUUCGACUCCGCGCUCAGCUCCCUCGUCUCGUCCCCGUCCCACAAUGCCGGCGGCUGCUACGGCGCCGGCGGAGACGACGUGGCCAUCAUCGGCGACCUCAUCGGCCGCCUCGGCGGCAUCUGCGGCGCCGCCGCGGCCGCCAGCGCCAGCAACUCCUGCUACAGCACGCCGCUCAGCUCCCCGCCCCGCGGCGGCGCAGCUUCGCCGGCCGCUGCGGCAGCAGCGUCGUUGGCCUUCCGGGGCGGCUGCUGCGGCUACCCCGGUGGCGCCGCCGCCCUCGAGACGGCCGGCACCGGCCGGCUGUCCCGCGUCGCCAGCAGCAAGUCGUUCGGCGCGCCGGCUUUGGGGAGCCCCGAUGCCGCGCCGCCGGCGAAGAAGCGCAAGGCCUCGGGGAAGGGCAAGGCCACAUCUUCAGCCAUGACCCCGGCGGCGGCGGCCAAUGCGAGCUCGAAGCGGUCGAAGGUCGCGGCGGGCGGCGGCGCCGAAGGCAAAGACGACGAUGGCGGUGACAACGCGGCGGCGGCGCCAGAGCCGGAGCCGGCGAAGGGCUACAUCCACGUCCGGGCGCGGCGGGGGCAGGCCACGGAUAGCCACAGCCUCGCGGAGAGGGUGCGGCGGGAGAGGAUUAGCGAGAGGAUGAAGAUGCUGCAGUCCCUCGUGCCAGGCUGCAACAAGAUCACGGGGAAAGCCCUGAUGCUGGACGAGAUCAUCAACUACGUGCAGUCGCUGCAGCGCCAGGUCGAGUUCCUGUCGAUGAAGCUGUCGACGAUGAACCCGGAGCUGGACUUGGACGCGCGCUACCAGACGGCGGUGCUGGCGCCGCCGCACCACCACCCGGCCGCCGCGUUCCCCUCCUACGCCGCCGCCGCCGCCGACCCGUCGUUCGUCACGGCCGCCCACCCACCGGCGCAGCAGCAGCAGCAGCUGGUAGACUCGUGCGCCGGGUCCUUCCGCCCCGGCUCCGGCUGGGAGGCGCAGGACCUCCAGAGCGUCGUCGCGCGCCACAACCACAGCGCCGCCGCCGCCGUCCACGUCCCCGGCUCCGGCUGGGCGGCACACGAGAGUAAUUCCCAUGGAGCAGGACGACACCAGCAGCAGCAGCAGGGGGCGGCGGCAGCGAGCCACAUGAAGCUUGAGCAGCCAUAAAUGCGCUCUCCCCCGGCCGGCGCCGCCGUCGUCUGUACAUACACGUCGGCACACGCUAUAGGAAGCCAAGCAGGCAGCGUGGCGUCUCGAUCGGGAGCGACGAGCAAUGAUUGCCAUGAGAGGACUGGCAUGGCAUCUCUCUCAUCGAAGCGCGGAAGGGAAGAGUGGGCCAGCCGGGUCGUCCGGGAGAGAGCUGUUGUUGCAGCAAGGGCAGCGCUGCAGCCUGCAGGUGCCCAAGCGGCCAAGCCAAACUGUAGUAGAAAGCGGCGGGGCAUGGCAUUCGUGGAAUGCGAAUGCUACCUCGAGUGCAAACUGAAGACACAACAUGCAAUUCUUAAUGCAAUGCCCAUAGUGAUCGGUGACUUUCCUUCACAAA